AUGGCGCAUACGUCAUCAAGAUGGCGCAUACGUCAUCAAGAUGGCGCAUACGUCAUCAAGAUGGCGCCGAGCAUGGCUGCCGUGUUGCGAGCUCCCACUUAUUUUAGCAGUUUUUCUUUGUUUUUGUGUUUGCUUGUUACUCUUUUUGCACUGAAUGUUACUGGCAUCGUCACAUACGACCGACAAACACUCCUGGGAAUCAGAUCGUCGAUCACUCACCGCAAACCGGACUUUGAGUUCCACAACGCUGAUCCUUUGUUCCCUAACAUCGGAGAGGCUCCAUUCACCUGGGUCGCCCGGCCACGCACGCGACGCAGACGCCGGAAAAGAGGCAAGCGAGCCGGUGUGCUCGUCAGGCUGAGACGCCGCGCUCACCGUCCGCCUCUUCCCACCUUGUUGCUGGCUAAUGUGCAGUCCUUGGACAACAAGCUGUGCGAGCUCCACGCACGGAUCGCUUUCCAGCGGGAGAUACGUGACUGCAGCGUGAUCUGCCUCACAGAGACCUGGCUAUCCGCGGACAUUCCCGACCACGCCAUAGAACCCGCGGGGUUCUCUCUGCACCGCGCCGACAGAUCCAAAGAGCUCUCUGGGAAAAGUAAGGGAGGUGGUGUAUGUUUCCUGAUCAACAAUGCUUGGUGUGAUCGGAGGAAUGUACAUUUCAUCGAGUCUUUCUGCUCGCCGGAGCUGGAAUAUCUGAUCAUCUCCUGCCAGCCGGUGUGGCUACCUCGUGAGAUUACAGGACUGUGUUUAGCGGCAGUGUACAUACACCCGCGCGCGGACUCGGAAUUCGCACUCGGGAAGCUACACGAGACCAUCAACAAGCAGAUGACCGCGCGCCCGGAGGCUGCACUCAUUGUUGCAGGGGACUUUAACCGGACAAACUUUAAAACUUUUUGUCCAGCACUGUUUCAGCACAUUACAUGCUUCACGCGGAAAACCCAGACGCUUGAUCACUGCUACUCUAACAUCCGAGGAGCCUACAAAGCCCUCCCCCGACCCCCGUUCGGCAAAUCAGAUCACUCCUCCAUCCUGCUUCUGCCCACCUACAGGCAGAGGCUGAAACGAGAACCGCCCACCACCAAGGAGGUACGCCGCUGGUCUGACCAAUCGGAAGCUAUGCUUCAGGACUGUUUUGAUCACGUGGACUGGGAGAUGUUCCGUGAUUCGUCAAGCAGCAUCGACGAGUACGCAGACACAGUCACCGCCUUCAUUCGCAAGUGCGUGGAUGACGUAGUGCCCCUCAGAUCAGUGCGCGUCUUCCCCAAUCAGAAGCCCUGGCUGAACGGUGACGUCCGCUCCGCUCUCAGCGCACGCAGCGCCGCUUUCAGAUCUGGAAAUACGGAGGAGUACAAACGAGCCAGCUACGCUCUCCGUAGGACCAUAAAAGCGGCCAAACGUGGGUACAGAGAGAAAGUGGAAGCACAGUUCAACACAGCCAACACCCAGAGCUUGUGGCAGGGUCUGAACAUUAUCACUGACUACAAGAGAAGCUCUCACACUCUGACCAGCACCAACGCUGAGCUGCCAGAGGAGCUGAACCGCUUCUACACUCGAUUCGAGGCAGAUCACGCUGCGCUCCCAGAGUGCACCCCGCCCACCGCUGCGCUCCCAGAGUGCGCCCCGCCCACCGCUGAUCCCAUCCCACCCUCCGUCUCUGAAGCUGACGUGCGCAGAGCUUUUCAGCGGAUAAAUCCACGCAAGUCAGCUGGUCCGGAUGGCAUUCCCGGGAGAGUGCUUAAAGCCUGCUAUAGAGAACUGGCAGCAGUCUACACGGACAUUUAUAAUACAUCACUCUCUCUCUCUGUUGUGCCAGCUUGCUUUAAACUGGCCACCAUUGUGCCAGUUCCAAAGACUGCCCACACCACCUGUCUGAAUGACUGGCGACCUGUUGCCCUAACCUCCAUCAUAAGCAAAUGCUUUGAGAGGCUGGUUAGGGAUAUCAUCUGUUCCUCACUGCCUGCCACCCUGGACCCACUGCAGUUUGCAUACAGGCAGAACAGAUCCACUGACGAUGCGAUCACCCUGACCCUGCACACUGCCCUCUCUCACCUGGACAAGAAGGACACGUAUGUGAGAAUGCUGUUUGUGGACUACAGUUCAGCAUUCAACACCAUCGUUCCCUCGAGGCUCGACGUCAAGCUCCGGGAUCUGGGUCUGAACAGCACACUGUGCAGCUGGAUCCUGAACUUCCUGUCAGACCGACAGCAGGUGGUUAGGAUGGGCAACAUCACAUCCUCUCAAUGA